UUAAUUGUGUUUCUAUACAUCACUUUAAUUGACAGUCAAAAGUCUAAAUCGUCUAAAUCUUCUAAAUCAUUAAAAAACUCGAAGAAUGAUACUAUCAAAAAGGAGAUCCCAUUUAUACAGAAAUUCUAUACGAAGACAUUGGGAGAGAUUAAGGUUGACCGGAAGAAGGGUCGACUCCCACCCAAAGGAUCGAUACUUAACUGUAUAGUCAAGUGUUCGGCUCUUCACGGAUGUCAUUGCGUUCGAAUUAACGUCGAGACGAGUGAAUGCAAUACUUUUGUGUCCACUGUUGACGACCCGAACUCUGAACGAAAUACAUCCGUAUUAGAGAAAUAUGUUUAUUACACUAAUAAUGGGAACAGAGAGGGAAAUAAUGUAAAUCUUGCGUUGGGAAAGAAAGUGACCCAAAGCUCGACAUACAAUCAAUUUCGGGCCCAAAAAGCUAUCGAUAACGACAAACGCACUGAGAGUAAGACAAGUGGAGGCAAAGAGAAGCGAAGAAGUACUCUUCCAUGGCUUCAGAUCGACAUGAAAGACGAUCACGUCAUCACUGGUGUUAUGUUACUAUCGAGCGAUGAGAAAUCUGUGCACGACUUUGAGAUCCGAGUGGGAAACCGACAAAUCAGUAAAUCAGAAAAGGGAACUCAUUUUAAAGAGAAUCCCGUCUGUUAUGCCUACGAAGGCAGCGAUUUUCUCCAGAAAGCAAAACCUAAAGUCGUUAAAUGCGAGCCGUGUCCUCUGAUGGGAAGGUAUGUGACCCUUCAGAUCGUGAAGAACUGCACCGAUUGUCCCAAUCCGGGAGACAAUUACCUAAAUUUGGCUGAAUUAGAGAUAUACGGAUAUAUUCCCAAAUAAAGAAACAUCAAAGUUAUGUUUACUAUCACUAGUGAUAUCACAGAUUUUAUGAGCAUUUAAUUGUUUAAAUAUUUGCUGAAUUUAUAGCUAAUGUUAAUCUAAUCAAAACAAUAAUAAAAAGCAC